AUGUCAUCAAUUCGCACUCCCUAUGAGAGUCUUCGUGUGCUGAAAGGUGAAACAGCUAGUCGUACGUCAUUCCAACGCUCCGCCAAAGGAAACGUUUCCAUACAGGACGCAGCUCCAGAUGGUAAAUACAUUGUGCUGGAGAACACUCAUCGUUCCAAGGAGGAAGCAGUUGGUGAAUGGAAACUGAAACGAAAGAUCGAUGGAAAACGGGAAAUUGUCUAUACACUUCCAAGGGACUUCAUCUUGAGACCCGGAAAAUCUGUCAAGUACUUAGAGUGGAACAUUGAAGAUUUCUACUUGCGCUUUACACGCUAUUUCCGUUCCGAGAGUCUUCGUGUGCUGAAAGGUGAAACAGCUAGUCGUACAUCAUUCCAACGCUCCGCCAAAGGAAACGUUUCCAUACAGGAUGCAGCUCCAGAUGGUAAAUACAUUGUGCUGGAGAACACUCAUCGUUCCAAGGAGGAAGCAGUUGGUGAAUGGAAACUGAAACGAAAGAUCGAUGGAAAACGGGAAAUUGUCUAUACACUUCCAAGGGACUUCAUCUUGAGACCCGGAAAAUCUGUCAAGAUUUGGGCUCGCGGUCAGGGAGUGCACAGUCCACCUGAUCAGCUGGUCUAUGAUGCCGAAGACUCAUUCGGAGCGGGUUCCAACGUACAAACUAUUCUCUUCAACAAAGAGGGAGAG